AUGCGCAUUCCCCGCCGCCUCCGCUGUCAACACCUCCUCACUCUUCCCUUCGAGAUCCGCGAGCGCAUCUGGACCUUCCUCCUCGCCUCCCCCGCCAAAGUCAGAUGCAGACGCCAGACACACAACUCAGAUGAACCGGCGGCCACCCUCGAGGAACGGGGUUCUGCCCUCUUGACAAAGAACUACAAAAUCGAUCUACCCUACGCAGGAUCCGUGCAAGCCUGCAAGCAACUCAAGCAUGAACUCACCCUUCUGAUUCGCAUGGCGGGCCGCUUCCUGCGCAUCGACGACCUCUGGCUGCACACCAGCCUGCCCGAAUUCUUCGAGAGCGACAACCACCGCCACCGCAAGCCGCACCCCAUCGUCUCCAGUCAGCAUGUCAAGACUCUCCUCGUUCGUACCAGCGAGCCAAAUACCUGCGCCGCGAACGACCUACGCGACAAGGCGGUCAUGCUCGGCUACAUGGCGCGCAUCCGGCGCGAUAGAUUGGAGAACGAGCUGAAUCUGAAGCUGGAGGGGCAUCGUGCUUGGGUCGAGGACGAGAGACUCGUGGGGCCGGGUAGGGUGCUGCUGUUCGUUGUGCAUGAGGUUAUCCUUGAGGGGUGA